AUGCUACGCCGGAAACUUCUGGCCGUCGUGUUGGGUGCGGCCUUUGUUGCUGCCAACGAAUUUGCCCUGAACACGGGCGAUGAACAGCAGCAAUGUGCGGGAAUGUAUAACAAGGCUGCAUGGGGCGGCACCAUCGAUCCGGGAAUCACUGUGCGAUUCACACCGUCGGAGAGCCACGACGAUAUCGUCAGCCUGGUGAUUUUCGAGUUUGAGGACGAGCCGUAUCUCGGCCGCUUCACAUCGCCCGAUGACCGCCGCGAGAAGUCUUACAUCUGCACACCCGAGAACGUCAAGGCUAGCCUGUGCCGUGCGGGGCAUGAAGGGGAGUUCAUCCUGGCGGCGAAUACGAAUACUACCAGUCGCGGGAGCAUCUUCACCAAGGCUGUUCACCUUGCCGAUAAGACACCCAUCUACUAUCCUAUCAAGCGUACCGGAUACUAUUGCGUCUGGACGGUGGCGUAUUCGCCGGCCGACGCGGAGAAGGAAUUCACGGGUGUCGUUACGUUCCAGAAUACCUACGGCGAGCUACCGGCGAGUCAGAUUCCCAAGCUGGCGUUCUACGGCGGACUCACGAUUGUGUACGCGGUUGUCGGAGCGCUGUGGGCGUUCCUGUACGUGCAGCACCGCCACGACAUCCUCCCGGUGCAGAACUACAUCACAGCGAUCGUCAUUUUCCUGAUACUCGAGAUGGCUAUCACCUGGGUCUUUUACGACUACGAGAACCGCCACGGCAAAAACACUUUCUCCAAGUUUCUGAUGACUCUCGUGGCAGUCCUCAAUGCCGGCCGGAAUUCAUUCUCGUUCUUCCUCCUGCUGAUCGUAUGCAUGGGCUACGGCGUCGUCAAGCCCUCCCUCGGAGCACUGAUGAAAUACGUCCGCAUCCUAGCCAUCCUGCACUUCGUAUUUGGCGUCGUAUACGCCGUCGCGUCCCUCACCAUCACACCGGAGAACGCGGGACCCUUCGUAAUGCUCGUGAUCCUCCCUCUCGCCGCCACCCUCACGGCCUUCUACGUCUGGACCCUCAACUCGCUCAAGCUCACGAUGAAAGAGCUCGAGGAGCGCAAGCAGCACCAGAAAGGCCUGAUGUACCGCCGGCUGUGGUGGUGUCUCCUGACCAGCAUCUUCGUGAUCUUCGGCUUUUUCUUCCUGAACUCGCUCACCUUCGCCGGCCACUCGUCGCCCGACUUCGUGCCCACGCACUGGAAGACGCGGUGGUUCGUGCUCGACGGAUGGCUCAACCUCGUGUACCUCACCGAUCUGGCGGUCAUCGCAUACCUGUGGCGGCCUACGGCUAAUAAUCGCCGCUUUGCCAUGAGUGACGAGUUGGCGCAGGAUGAGGACGGCGGCUUCGAGAUCGCGAGCAUCGGUGGUGGAAGCGAACUCGACGAGGACGAGGAUCUGGCAAGGAGGGAUAAGGAUCUGGAGGCGCAGGCGGGAUUGAGGUCCAUGGCGCUGCAGGGAGAGGGUAGUGCUGCCAGGCCGACGCCUCCGCCGGCUGCGCCAGCGACGAACACAAACAGGGGUCGGCCGAGCGUCGAUGAGCCAAUCUUUGAGGUUGGCGAGGGUGAUGGGUGGAGUGAUGGUGAGGUCAUGAGCGAUGAGGAGAGCAGUAGUGAUGAGGAGGGGAAGAAGAAGAAGGGCACCGAGACAACACGGUUGACUGGUGGUAAGAAAGCAGAGUGA